AUAUAGAGCAAUUCCAUGUUAGUCUGGGAGAACGAGAGAGAGAGAGAUAGAGAGAAGCCCGUGUCCGAGAGCCGCACUUCACCUAAAACAACUUUAAUCCGAGCGUGAGAACCGAAAGAAUCAGAGCACUGGAGUUUAUUCACUGCACUGCUGCAUGCAUGGGAAUCAUUUGAUUCACUCACUCCAGGAAAAGCCCAUUUAGUCUGCAACUUCAUGAUUUCAAAGCCGGGAUUCUUUUUUUUUUUAAACACUAUAUUCCUACCUGUCAGAUAAUAUGUUGUAAACGAUCCUUUGAAGUCCGAAGUGUCUCGGUGCAGUGAGCUUGAAGGACGGGCCUGACUGUCUCCUGGCUGGACUCGGUACCCGUGUUGGAUCGAGAAAUUGUGUGUGACUCCUUUACCGAGUAUUAUCGGUGCGCGCGGCUUAUUUCCACACUAGAGGCGCCGCCUUUGCACUGAACACACACACACAGGUGCCAGAGAGACCCACACACUUCCGAUUGAGUAUUCGGGUAAAGGCAGAUCAGCGAGGAUCACCCAGGACUUUACGCGGCACCGAGUUGGAUUUACAAAGCAGAUUUGUCCUUGUGUGACAACAUGAUGGAUGCAUGCAUGAGGCCGCGCGAGAUCAAUACACCUAAUUAAUCAAUACCCUCUAAGCGCACGUGAAGAUCAGCUCCGCUGGAUGUGUAUGACCGCAUCUCUAUCACCAGGUGGCUUUUCAAGUGCGUGUUUCCGAGCGCGUUUCUCCUGUUGGCGCAUAAGGUGUUUUAGGAGCCACUAAGCAAAAGCGCAGAGCGACAAUGCGCGUGCGGGGUUAGUUUAAACUUUGCUUUGCUGCGGAAUCGUCUGGAUCUGGACUCUAAACUCGCGUCCCCUGUACAGAAGAGACUACGUAGACCCCAGAUGGGAGCUGAUCUGGAUUGAAUUGCAAUUUGUUUCCCUUUGUAGAGAAGAAGGGAAAAGCAUUCCAGCCGGAGGAGAUUACAAGUGUUUUCUCCUCAAAGAUCAUUUGUUGUGACUCCUCUCGUUUUUGGAUUUAAAGCUCCUGCGCCUGAUUUGGUGCAACUGUUUCGCACCAGGAAUUUCGUGCGUUUUAUUAGAACUUGGAGGAAACAGCAGUCAUGUUUGUGUUGAAAGCAGUGGUUCUCUGUGCAUUGCUGAGCGGGGCUGGGGCUCAGUCGUGCCCGUCUCAGUGCUCCUGCAGCGGGACAGCGGUGGACUGCCACGGGCAGAAUCUGCGGAGCGUGCCGCGGAACAUUCCCCGCAACGCCGAGCGACUUGACCUGAAUGCAAACAAUCUGACUAAAAUCACAAAGGCAGACUUCGCGGGACUACGGCACCUCAGAGUUCUGCAGCUAAUGGAGAACAAGAUCAGUUCUAUUGAGAGAGGGGCAUUUCAGGACCUGAAAGAGCUGGAAAGACUGCGUCUCAACAGGAAUAAUCUUCAGGUUCUUCCGGAGUUGCUGUUUCUAGGCUCAACCAAACUCUUCAGACUUGACCUGAGUGAAAAUCAGAUCCAGGGGAUUCCCAGAAAAGCGUUCAGAGGAUCUACUGAGAUCAAAAACCUGCAGCUGGACUAUAAUCAGAUUUCCUGCAUUGAAGACGGAGCGUUCAGAGCUCUGCGGGACCUAGAAGUACUCACACUGAACAACAACAAUAUAUCUCGUUUGUCAGUGGCCAGUUUUAAUCACAUGCCCAAGCUUAGGACAUUUCGUCUGCACUCAAAUAGUCUGCUGUGUGAUUGUCAUGUGGCCUGGCUCUCUGAUUGGCUGAGACAGAGGCCCCGCCUUGGCCUCUACACACAGUGUAUGGCUCCGCCCUCCCUGAGGGGCCACAACAUUGCUGAGGUUCAGAAGAAAGAGUUUAUGUGUACAGACUUCAAUGAAGGGCCCCAGUCACACUCGUCCUGUAGUGUGCUGCAGUGUCCUGAGCUGUGCACCUGCAGUAAUAAUGUAGUGGACUGCCGAGGGAAAGGACUGACUGAAAUACCCACCAGCCUGCCAGAAACCAUCACUGAGAUGUGGCAGCUGGACUAUAAUCAGAUUUCCUGCAUUGAAGACGGAGCGUUCAGAGCUCUGCGGGACCUAGAAGUACUGGUUUUAUAUGGGAAUAAAAUCAGUGAACUUCCCAAAGGCAUUUUUGACGGACUAUUCUCAUUGCAGCUACUGGUUUUAUAUGGGAAUAAAAUCAGUGAACUUCCCAAAGGCAUUUUUGACGGACUAUUCUCAUUGCAGCUACUGUUGCUUAAUGCGAACAAGAUCAAUUGUUUGCGCGUAGAUUCUUUCCAAGACCUGCAGAAUCUGAAUCUUCUGUCACUUUAUGACAACAAACUCCAGACCAUUGUAAAGGGAACCUUCUCUUCUCUCCGAGCCAUCCAAACACUUCAUUUGGCCCAGAACCCCUUCAUGUGUGACUGCCAUUUGAAGUGGUUAGCUGACUACCUGCAAGACAACCCGAUUGAGACCAGCGGAGCUCGAUGCACCAGUCCCCGCCGCCUUGCUAACAAACGCAUCGGCCAGAUCAAGAGCAAAAAGUUCCGCUGUUCAGCUAAAGAACAAUAUUUUAUACCAGCACGUGGCCGCUUGAACAAUAAUGAAUUUACAGUGCUGGAGGCUACAGGAAUCUUUAAGAAGCUUCCUCAACUGCGCAAAAUUAACCUCAGUAACAAUAAGAUCACAGAUAUUGAGGAGGGCACAUUUGAGGGGGCCAGUGGAGUGAAUGAACUCAUACUGACGAGCAACCGCUUAGAGAGCGUCCACUACAGCAUGCUGAAAGGCCUCGGCGGUCUCCGCACACUGAUGUUGAGGAGUAACAAGAUAAGCUGUGUCAAUAACAGCAGUUUUACUGGUCUGAGCUCUGUGAGGCUGCUCUCCCUCUAUGAUAACCUGAUCACCUCCAUGUCCCUGGGAGCCUUUGACACACUGCAUUCCCUCUCAACACUGAACUUGCUGGCUAAUCCGUUUAACUGUAAUUGUCAUCUGGCCUGGCUGGGGGAAUGGCUCCGUAAGAAACGGAUCGUUACGGGAAAUCCUCGCUGUCAGAGCCCAUACUUUCUUAAGGAGAUCCCUAUUCAAGAUGUAGCCAUUCAAGACUUUGCCUGCGAAGACGGUAAUGAUGAGAAUAGCUGUUCGCCCCUGGCUCGCUGUCCUGCCGAGUGCUCGUGUUUGGAUACGGUGGUUCGCUGCAGUAAUAAAGGACUUAAGCUUUUACCCAAAGGCAUUCCUAAAGACGUUACAGAACUCUAUCUCGAUGGCAACCAGUUCACGCAAGUCCCUCUGGAACUAUCCAAUUAUAAACACCUCACUCUCAUCGAUUUGAGUAAUAACCAGAUCAGCACAUUGUCCAACCACAGCUUCAGUAACAUGUCUGAGCUGCUCACCCUAAUAUUAAGCUACAACAGACUGCGGUGUAUUCCUGUUAAAGCUUUCGAUGGCCUCAAGUCUCUGCGCCUCUUGUCUCUCCAUGGUAAUGAUAUUGCUGUGAUCCCAGAUGGAGCUUUCAAAGAUCUGUCCUCGCUCUCCCACCUGGCUCUGGGAGCAAACCCUCUGUACUGUGACUGUCACAUGCAGUGGCUCUCUGACUGGGUAAAGAGUGGCUACAAGGAGCCUGGAAUUGCACGGUGCACCGGUCCUGGAGAGAUGACCGACAAACUGCUGCUGACUACACCCUCUAAAAAAUUCACAUGCACAGGUCCGGUGGAUGUAAGCAUUUUGGCAAAAUGUAACCCUUGUUUAUCCAACCCCUGCAAGAAUGACGGAACUUGCAGUAACCAUCCCGUCGAUUUUUACAGAUGCACCUGUCCAUAUGGUUUUAAGGGCCAAGACUGCGAGGAACCGAUUCAUGCGUGCAUCAGUAACCCUUGUCAGAAUGGAGGCACCUGUCAUCUGAAAGAUGGAGAGGAGAACACUCACUGGUGUGUGUGUCCAGAUGGAUUUGAGGGCGACGAAUGUGAGAUAAAUAUCGAUGACUGUGAAGAUAAUGACUGUGAGAAUAACUCUACGUGUGUGGAUGGGAUCAACAACUACACCUGUCUCUGCUCACCUGAAUACACAGGUAACCCACACAAACACAAGGACAGUCCUGCGCGCAAUGCUCUGUGUUCUCUGUGCUCUGUGUUUGACGCUAACAUGCUAAUGUGUGUGUGUCCAGAUGGAUUUGAGGGCGACGAAUGUGAGAUAAAUAUCGAUGACUGUGAAGAUAAUGACUGUGAGAAUAACUCUACGUGUGUGGAUGGGAUCAACAACUACACCUGUCUCUGCUCACCUGAAUACACAGCUGCUAAUAAUAAUGAGGUGGAGAAAGGGGAGCUGUGUUACUGUAAACUGGAUUUCUGCGCUUCAGAGCUAAACCUGUGUCAGCAUGACUCGAAAUGUAUUCUAACCGCGAAGGGAUUCAUGUGUGAGUGUACUCCAGGUUACACCGGGGAGCACUGUGAGGUGGAUUUUGAUGAUUGUGCAGAUAAUAAGUGUAAAAACGGAGCUCAGUGUACUGAUGCAGUGAAUGGCUACACAUGUGUGUGUCCAGAAGAGUACAGUGGGUUGUUCUGCGAGUUCUCCCCUCCGAUGGUCCUGCCGAGAACAAGUCCGUGUGACCACUAUGACUGUGCCAAUGGUGCACAGUGUGUUGUCAAGGACAUGGAUCCUGUGUGUCAGUGUCUCCCUGGAUACGAGGGCGUGCACUGUGAGAAGCUGGUCAGCGUCAACUUCAUCAAUAGAGAAUCGUUCCUGCAGAUUCCCUCCAACCUCAUUACAGAACAAGCCAAUAUAUCACUACAGAUCGCCACAGAUGAGGACAACGGAGUGUUGCUGUAUAAAGGAGACAAUGAACACAUUGCAGUGGAGCUCUACAGAGGACGACUGAGAGUCAGUUAUGACUCCGGAUCCUACCCCCCAUCUGCCAUCUACAGUGUUGAGACUAUAAAUGAUGGCAGUUUUCAUGUAGUGGAGCUGGUGGCAAAGGAUCAGUCUCUGUCUCUGUCUAUUGAUGGAGGAAGCCCCAAAUCCAUCAACACUGCCAGCAGUCCCGAUCCAGGACCCAGCCCUGCUCCGCUUUAUCUUGGUGGCAUUUCUCAGCAGUCUGGAUUGGCCUCAUUGCGCCAGGGCUCCGGGAGGAACGGCUCUAGUUUCCACGGCUGUAUCCGAAACCUCUACAUUAACGACCAGCUCCAGGACCUCACCCAGUUCCUGCUGCAGGAGGGGGUGGUGCCCGGCUGCCAGCCCUGCCAGCGGACUGUGUGCGCUCAUGGGCAAUGCCAUGCUACCGGACAAUCCUCCUUCAGCUGUGAGUGUGAGGCAGGAUGGACCGGCCCGCUGUGUGACCAGCAGAUCAACAGCCCAUGUGACGGGAACAAGUGUAUCCACGGCUCCUGUCACCCCAUAAACUCAUACUCGUACAGCUGUCGCUGUCAUCCAGGCUUUGCAGGUGUAUUAUGUGAUGAAGAGGAGCAGUUGAGUCCCUGUCAGUACAUAGCGUGUAAACACGGCCGCUGUCGCGUGUCUGGGCUGGGGAAAGCCUACUGUGAGUGCAACAGCGGCUACACGGGGCAAAGCUGCGAUAGAGAAUGGCGUGUCGGGGGGAACGGGUCCGAGAUCACUAUCAGACGCAGCAGGGCUACGCAGCGUGCCAAAGCACAGAGAAGGUCUCCCGUUUAGUGUGUCGAGGCAUCUGCGGGGACGGGACCUCCUGCUGCGCCCCUCUCCGCAGCAAACGUA